ACUCUCUGCUGUUGUCAUUUUUAAACGCGAGCAACACUCGCUCUAUUUGUUCCUACGCGGCAUCCGUACAGCGAGUGAGGCACAUUUUUGAAUGUUCGGCGCGUUUUAACUGCAGCAGUUUUGUUGUGACAGAGAAAGGAAACGCAGAAUGGCCACACCUGUCACCGAUGAGGGCGCGUUCAAGACCCCCAAAGCUGUCAGAGUCAAGAGCAUUGGAAGCAACGGAGGGACCCCAGUCACCAUCCCUGCUUCACCUUUCAUGAAGAAGCUGGGCUGUGGCACUGGAGUCAACGUUUACCUCAUGAACAGAGUGGGAAAGCUGAAUGCGUCUCCCUGGGCUGUCAAGAAGAUCAACAGCAGGUGUGCAACCCAACAGAUGGCGGUUUACCAGAAGCGCCUGAAUGCUGAGGCAAAGCUCCUGAAGGGGAUCAAUCAUCCAAAUAUUGUCGGGUUUCGUGCCUUCACUACGGCCAAAGAUGGAUCAAAGUGUCUGGCCAUGGAGUACGGAGGAGAGCAGUCCCUCAACGACCUGAUAGAGAAGAGGAAAGAGGAUGGUCUCAAAGCCUUCCCUGCUGCCAACAUAGAAAAAGUAGCGCUGCAUGUUGCUCGUGGCCUUCAGUAUCUUCACAAUGAGAAGAAGCUGCUGCACGGGGACAUGAAGUCAUGUAAUGUUGUCAUCAAGGGCGACUUUGAGACUGUCAAGAUCUGCGAUGUCGGUGUGUCUCUGCAGCUGGACGAGAACAUGAAAGUGUCCAAUCCAAAGGCGGUGUACAUCGGCACAGAGCCGUGGAAACCAAAGGAAGCUCUGGAUGAGGAAGGAGGAGAGAUCACUGACAAGGCUGACAUCUUUGCCUUCGGUCUGACUCUCUGGGAGAUGAUGACCCUGGCCAUGCCUCAUCUGGAGAUGCUGGACGACGUUGAUGAGGAGGAUGAUGAGGACUCCAUUGAUGACAGUUUUGAUGAGGACUCCUACUACGAGAAGUUGGGGACAAGGCCGGCGCUGGAUGCUGAGGCUCUGGGCAGCUCGUACCGCAGGAUGGUUGAGCUCUUCUACCUCUGCACAGAGGAAGACCCCAAGAAGAGACCCUCAGCCAGCCAGAUCGUCCAGGCUUUAGAGAGCAACGGCCCGCUGGAUAAAACUCCCAGUGAGGUGAUAGUUAUCGACUGAUUUACACAACUAAUUCUGCAUUUCGAUCUCAGAGCUACAGGUCUGAUUUAGAUCCACACUGCUAUGUAAUGACGGGUUUAAGGACUUUUGUCAGGGAUUUAUAUUAAAGAUUGCGGGGUAUAUAAACACAACGUGAAUCCAUGACAGUUUAUCCUAUUUACUGGUUUAUUGUGCUAACUCAGAAGUAGAAACCGCCAGGAAACCUAAAUGUUGUUGACAUGAGCUACAAAAUCGUUGUGUAAUCUCUAUACUGUACAUUGUUUUCUGUUGACACAAUCAUGAGGACAUUCAUCUUGUCAGUUAUUUGUAUGUUAUCUUUCCCCCCAUGUAUGUGGACUUUUUAUGGUUUCAAUGUUUUUACUUUCUUCUCCUGAAUUCUUCUUGACGAGUCUGUAUGUUUGUUUGUUUCUCAAUGUCUGUAAACUUUACUUCUUGAUCAAACUCUUGAGCUAUUUUUAUUUUACCUUUUCAAUGUCUUGCAUAUAUUCUGCUGAUGUAUCAGUGGCCAACAUGUAAUUGUGGGUUUAGUGGUAGAUUGCACUGCAGCUUUAGUAAACAGCAAUACUAUCUGCUUUUGUUUUUUAAGUGUCCCCCACAUAUUUUCUAUUGUAAAAAGACAUUCAGAUAGAAAAGCUUUGUGUAUAACUAUACAGAAGCUCAAUGUAACUCUACAGCAAGCAGCAGGUGGUCUAUGCUUGGCAUAAAGGCUGGGAAUGAGGCAAACAGGCUGGUUCUGCACAACAAAUCCACCUACUAGCAACCUAAUUGUGCGCAAGUCAUUGUAAAUCCACCACUUUCUUUUUUUCCUAAGAUUAAACCAUC